GUAACCGUGUUAUUAAUGCUAGCUGUGUUUGUGUUUAUAGGUGAGGCUGCUCUGAGAGGUGAGUCCAGAAUGCAGUCGAUGUCCCUGUCCAAUGCAGUCAGUAAUCACCGGACCGGUCCUCCUCCCAUCAGCCCCAGCAAGAGGAAACACAGCGCGGACCAACCAGACCAGGACAUCGACUGCAACAGCGAACAUGUGGCCAAGAUGAGCCGGCUGUUCGCCGCACAGUUAGGAAAACCUGCCAACGGGGACUAUCGCAAGGACCUUCGGGAGCGCAGCCGCAGUCCCAUCGAGCGCCUCGCCCCCCCCAGCGUGGGUCUCGUCGGUGGGCAUCUCUACGCCCACAUGCCCACCCUGGCCAUGGACCAGCCCCUUGCUCUGACCAAACACACGGACACGCGCGCCGUCAGCAUCUCGCCUGCGCUCAGCCCUGUCGAGCGCCAGCAGAAUCGUCCUUCUGUGAUCACAUGUGCCCCACCGAACAACCGUAACUGUAACCUGACACACUGCACCGUGUCCCACAGCGGCCUGACCUCCAGCUACCGCAGACCCUCCAACUCGAACACCGCCUGCGACCCCGUGAUCGAGGAGCACUUCCGGCGCAGUUUGGGCAAAAACUACAAGGAGCCGGAGCCCGAGCCCAACUCCGUGUCUAUCACCGGCUCGGUGGACGACCACUUCGCCAAGGCCCUGGGGGAGACGUGGCUCCAGAUCAAGGCCAAGACCCCAGACUCCUCCUCCUCCAGCGCUCACAUGGUCAACCACAACCAAUCCCCGUCCCUCGUGUCCUGAGGACCAGCGAAACCAGAACCUCUUCCAGACUAACCCACUCUGAGCAGCACGCAUGCUUUAGCAGAGCUCGUGUGUAUCUGUGUACAUAAGAACGCUCGCUUAAACUGUCACUUGUGCAUUUUCUUUCCUUUCAAUUCGUUUGUUUGUUUGUAAGUUUUCUAGUAUACUUAUAGCUUGGCUGUUGCAUUAUGGGAUGCCCGUAGCUUAAAAAAAAAUUUUUUUUUGAGAUCAAAAUCAGCCAGGCGCUUAUCUAACCAUCCAGAUACCAAAGAAACCGCUGAUGCAAACCUUUUUACCCAGAAGCCAUUCUUCCUUUGUGCCCAUUCUGUCUUACACACACCGGCUGAAUCUGCAUGUGUGAUCACUUGAAACGAAAGGCCUGGACUGAUUUUGCACUAUGGCUGGAUGGAGGUGGUGUCAUUUUGUGUCGGGUGUUCAGAGCGGUGAUGUCGUCACAGACGGGAAUUGAUGCGUUCUUAAACACACUUUCAACUGGACUUCGGCAGAACGUGGGCAUUUCUGUUGUUUUGGAUUGGUCCCCCCCCCCCCCAGGCACUGUGGUUUAGUAGAGUAGACGUUUAAGAGUAGACUAGUGCUUUUAGGUGCAUGUUUUUGAACAAAUAAAUAAAUAGCUGGUAUCUAUUAUCGUGUAGACAUUUCAAUCAUAAUACUUUUAGCCUUUUUUUCUUCAGAUUUGAUUCUAUUUUUGUCAGUAACAGUCCUAGAUAAACUUACUGCUGGUACAGUUGUACUCCAUAUUAUUUUCUAUUCAAUAUUCAUUGUGGUAGCUGCCAGAUACAGAAGAGAAAUCAGCCUCCGGACAGGCCAUCUAUAUAAAUAUAUAUAUAAAAUAUAUAUUAACGGUUGGUUUUUGUAUGAUAUUAAUCCGUGGUACAGGAUGCUGUCGCUUUGCAUGACUGAAAAAGCAGCGUUCGCAGUUAUGGACACGUCAACUAGCGUUGACAAUCUGCCGAAAGCGUCAAGCUAACUCCGUGUGUGUUCGUCGUUCUUCAUCUCCUCUUAACUCUGCUUCACCCAAACACACUACAUUCCUCUGCUAGGGGACGUCUUGUACCUUCUCCUGUGUUCAGUUUAGCUACUAACCAGAACGUGUGACGAGAGGUUGCAGAUGCAGUAGACGCUUGCGCUCGUCCUUACAUUCCUUCGGCCCAGUUACAAACGUCGGAUCUGGUGAAUGUCCCACAUCUUUGAUUUCAUCGUUCCGUUUGCAUGUUUGCCACACCGUUGUCCAAUCCCACCAUCACACACACACAUUUCACGACCAGUUUACUGUGUAUACCACACUUUCUCACUCUCUGCUUGUCAUCCUACAUACACACUGUAGGCAAAUCACUUAAAGAAAAACAAAAAAAAGUUUUUAUAUAGGAAACUAUAAGACCAUCAUUACGCUGUGCGUAACGAAUGUACAGAGAAAAAAAAAUCGUAGGUAUUUUUGAGGAACAAUUAAUUUGUUAAUGAUAUGUAGCUAUUUAAUUUUUCCCUUUGUCCUUUAUUGUAAUCAUGCUUUUUUUUUUUCUUUUUUUUUCUCGAGGAAAAAAGUUGAUCUUUUUUGUUUGUAGGGUUUUUUUUCUUUUUUUGUCUGUUUAAGGUUAAAGUGCAGGAACACAGUUAUUCUAUGAAAACACUGCGUUAGUGUAAUAGCCACUUGUGUAUUAUUUCCGAAGGCUACUGAGCAGAGUCUCACACACUUCUGAACUGUCUCUGGAGACAUUAGAACAAACGGACCUCGAGUCCCGAGCGAGUUCCUCGUUCCCAUGCGAUCCGCUGGGAUUUGAGCGACGAUAUUUUCUAUAUUGAUGUGCGCUUCCAGGAGAACGACGACGAGAAACCAACGUUUAAAACACUUCACUGCACCUCGAGUGUACUUCUUAAUGAUGUGUAAAUCUGUAUUAUUCCCUCAUUUCAUGGCCUUGUUUCUCCUUGGAAUAAAACAAACUUUUGGCAGGCCAUUGUUUUGUACUUUUAAGUAGCCUCAAUGAACAAUAAAGUGCUCUUAAACCACA